AUGAUCCAUCCAGAAUCUGAGUCUAGAGGCGAUGCUUUUCAGGUCAUCCCUGACAUUCCUCAUUUCUACUGUUACUUCAACCCAUUUUGGCCCAGACUCGAGAUUUUUGUCUUGAGGGAUGAAGUGGAUCUUCAUAGUUCUUUAUAUCCUAUUCUGAGGCGACUAACCACCAUCCAAAUGAAGCGCCUCAAGGCCGCGAAGAGUAGCCUCAUUGCUGCUGCCAAAGAAGAAGCCGAAAAGAUUGACCCAGAAACAUUUUCCCUGGCUCUUCAGCUUCAUUCAAAGCAUCCUGUUAUCGCUAUCUUGGGGUCCAGGGUCGCAAUCGCCGACCAUGAUCCAGGAUUCAGGCACUAUGUACGCAUCAAUAGCGAUCCCGAGUUCAUUCAUGUCGUCACACCAGAGCUCGAGAAGCGCUUAGCCAAGUCUGCGAUCCUCAAGGUCACAGGGGGGCUACACCUGGGUUUUCAUCGAGGGUUAUUGGCAACGAGGGCAAAGGUGUCGAGAUCGUCUUGGAGAAAGGCAAGCAUGGAUAUUAAUGACUGGGCGACCCUAAGAUAUGAAAAGAGCGCGUAG